UCCUCCAUCCCCAACCAAUUCUCUCCGGCCAUUUCCUUUCAACUCUUGUGUUGAGAAGGGAAUUGAUGAUUAACAGUGAAGCAAUUGGAGUAUCAUUAUUUGUUGUGGGGAUUGUUGGAUGGGUUUAUAAAUCACUUAAACCUCCAGCUCCAAAGAUAUGUGGAACACCAAAUGGGCCUCCAGUAACUUCACCGAGAAUUAAGCUCAAUGAUGGAAGGCAUUUGGCCUACAAAGAAGUUGGAGUUCCUAAGGAAAAGGCAAAAUACAAAGUCAUAAUGUGCCAUGGCUAUGAUACUUCAAAACAUAUGCACCUAGCUCUUUCACAAGAGUUUAUGGAGGAGCUUAAUGUACACAUAGUACUAUACGAUAGAGCUGGUUAUGGAGAGAGCGACCCAUAUCCAUCACGCUCUGUAAAAUCAGAAGCAUUUGACAUUCAAGAAUUAGCUGACCAAUUGGAACUUGGCAACCAAUUUUAUGUACUUGGAGCUUCCUUUGGUACAUACGCUGUUUGGAGUUGCCUAAAUUACAUUCCACACAGGCAAAUAUGCAUUAUAUUUUUACGAAUUUCAUAA